CUGAGGCACUGAGGAAGAAAAGCAGCAAAAGAAAGCAUCACCCCCGGGCUCAGAGCUUUGAUAAUAAUCUAGACUUUGUAGCUUUUUCCACCUGCUGCUGCCUUUAGACAAACUUACAAUGCCUUCGCUUGGUCUUUCCUUCUUUAUCCUGGGUUUUGCUGUGGCUUCUGUCACAGCAAAUACAACAGUCAGAGCAAUAACCACAGCUUCAGACAAACUUGGCGCAGACAUCACUUACGCCACCACUGUAACAACCCUCAGCAACAACAACACCACCACCACUGAUAACAGCCCAAUCAUCAACACAACACAAAUGGAUGUCACUACCAGCAGUGGCACGAAUGUGACAAAGGGCAACAGCACCAUUUCACCCUUGACAACAAAGCAGAAGGAUUCAGGUAAUGAAAGUCCUGGCAAUACAAGCUACACCCCAGUGCCCUCAGUGACCACACCUACACCCAAGAAGUCUACCACUAAGACUGCAACCAAACCAAAGCCCAAAGAGAAAACCCCCACUGCUGAGCCAAAGACAGCAGCAGGAAGCGACAGCACUGGCAUCAUCAUCCUAGUUGUGAUCAUCAUCGUAGCUCUUGCAUUUGGAGUUGCCUGCUACUUCGCACGGAAGAGAGGAAGGCGCUACUCUGUAGACUUUACUUCCAGACCAGAUGAAGCCAACAUCCCUCUGAGCACUAUUGAGCCUGAGUUGCCUAUUGAUUCUGCACCUCAGAACGGUCUGACAACCUUUGAAAGUGCAGAAACUACUACACAAGAGCCGCAAGAACCAGAGGCAAAACCUGAAGCACAGGAGGAGCAGAAAGCUGAGGCCGAUAAACCUGCUGUCGAACCCAGCGCUGAGUCUGCACCCCCAGCCCCAUCCCCAGACAGCUCUGAGGACAAACCCAAAGAGGACGUCGUUGAGCAGCCUCCUCCUGCUGCACCUGUAGAGCAGAAUGUGGAGGAGAAAACUGAUGAUGAAGGCACCGUCUCCAACAAGACCUCAGUGGAGUCGCUGAAGGAGACAAAUGAGAACAACAGCAACAAUGUCUGUCAGUUGAGAGAUUUGGAGAGGAGCAGCACAUUCUGGGACGUUCCUCUCAAUUGUCCUGUGUGAGACAUACCGCCUCUCUGCCCCUGUGCGGUUCUCUUCAGGAACUUGAUUGAAGAAGUGACCACGGUGGAGGACACGACUGUGAGACCUAGUUGUCUGUUGCCUCCUGGUUGGAAACAAAUUUUCUUGUAACACAGCAGCUUUUUUUGAAGUUAAAUGUCAGCUGAGCUCAGCUUUUCAAGUAUUUUACCAAUAGCUGAAUUUAUUUUUUUUUCUUUUUUUUUCUACAAACGUUCACAAUUUACUAGAUUUGUAGUCUAAAUAUUAUUAUUUUUUUGUACUAGGUAACACAUUAUUUCAAGUCCUCCCUAUUUACUAUAGACCUGACCAGUAUAUGGGAUGCCCGGUAGCUCGCUGGGUAAACUGCAUACCAUUAAGGCUGAGUUCUUACUUCUAACUGUCACAAAUAUCUUAAGAACAAAAGAAGCAUUCAUAAACAAUAUAUAAACAUAUAAUAAAUUGUUUAUAACACAAUAUAAUGUGGUCGUAAACAGAUAUAUGUGUUCAUUAAUGUAUUUGUCAAUGACUAUAACUCCUGCUGUGGAUUUACAGUAUAGAAAUACAGCUGUUUUAAUUUAAAAUAUUUCUUCAUAGGAGAAGUUAUAAUUGCUGGCAAAUACUAAACAAUAAUAAACACUUAACAAUGUCCUUAAAGUGGCUUACAACUACAUUAUAGUGUGUUUUAAAGCAUUAAAUAUGUCUAUACUGCUUAAAUAGGGGGACUAAGGGUAAAGUGUUACUGGUACAAAGGGUUUUAAGCUGUUCAUCUUAUCAAUGGUUAUUAAAUAAUGUAAAUACAUAAAUACUAUUAUAAUGCCAUGUAGGUGUAAAUACAAGUAUUGGCUUUCUAAAUUCACUGCAGACUCCCUGAUCAAAGAUAUCCGUAAAAUAUCAUACAUUUUGGUAUUUUAGUAUUUUGGUACACAUUUGUAAUAUAUAAUAACAACAAGAAUUUAAUAUACAGAAAAAUAAGACAAAAUGGGAUCGUUAGUCUGAAAUAAGUGCUCUUGUAUCAAUGUUAGGAUGUUAUUACUGUAGAUGCUGCAUUUUGCUCUUCCAGGCUGUUCCCAUUCAGUAGUUAAGUUUCCAUUAUGCUGAAUAAUUGCAAUAAUAUGAAUGUCCUAUGAAUGUAUUAAAGGAUUUAUUUUAACUGUC